AUGCAGUACUCACUUCUCACUCUCUUCACCCUCGUCACUGCCGCCAUGGCUGUGUCCCAACGAGAGCACAACGAAUGGGUCAAGCGUCAAGCACCGCAAGUUCAAGACAGUGUGCCCAUCAACGUUGCUGCCAUGACCGACGCCCAGGGCAAUGUCCUCCAGUUCGAUUCCACCAAGGUCUACCUGGCCGGUAAGGCGGCUGGUCUGUGA